AUGAAGCCCCGACGCUGCUGCAACGCCUGCCGGCGGCGUCACCGCAAAUGCGUCGUGCAACCCGGCGCGACGGGCUGCGGCGCCUGCGUCGAGGCGGACUUGGAGUGUCACUUUGAUACCACAUUACGCUUUAAGCAUGCACCCGGCAGCUCGAGGAAAAGUGCCUCUGUCGGCGAUAAGGCCCAGAAGCUGGAGCAGCAGAGAGCCAGACGUAAAAGCGAGGCAAGUCGAGCAGUAGAGGAGACCGGAACCGAAGCCUCCUCGUCACCAGCCACCCAGUCCACUCAGACGGCCGCGAGGAGCGGCAGCAUCGGAUCUCACGCGUCGCCGCACGGUUCAGCGUCAUUCGAGAGCCAGCAGCUUACUUUUGCCUUCUCACCUCCUGCGCGAUCGAGGCUUGGCGAGGCGCCUGCCCAGAGGUUCACCGGCCACGGGUCGCACGGUGAUGGGAACGCACCCAUCGGGUUCAUGUUGAACAGGGGCCCGCCGGCUGAGCCUCCACACCGAUCAAGCUUUGCUUCUAGCCCGGGCUAUCUAGAUUCCAUCCGCGAUGGCCUGGCUUCCGAGUCUGGGGGAUGGAAUCCUGGAGAGGUCCAGCCCCAGCUUCAGAUAUCGUAUCUCUUAGGGGACUCUCCGUCGACUCAGGGCGGAUCAGCGCCGCGAGAGCGGACUGAGAGUCUCAUAUCAGAUGCCGAGGUGCGACCACAGCCCACGGAUCCCGAACACUGCGGCUUUACCGGACGUCAGGCGUAUCUGUUCCGCACAUACAUUAUGAGAAUAGCUCCUUCGAUUGAUGCAUGUCACGAUGCCCGCCCGUUCACCCUCGACGUCCCUCGCCUAGCUCUCAGCACACCGAUCCUCCUGAACGGCAUUUUCGCCCUCGCGAGCCGGUUUGAUACACAAGCUGACGACAACGCCGAAAAGACUGAUCUCGAGAGCACCUACUACCACAACCGAUGCAUUGAGCUGCUCAUUGAAGCCUUCUCACAACCGCCAGAGACGUGGGACUCUACCCUGUUGACGGCGGUCGUCAUCAUGCGUCUGUAUGAGGAGUACGACAACGAGACGGACUCACACUACCAUCAUCUACGAGGUACCCGAAACCUGCUAAAUCAUGACGCGAUUGCAAGGUUCGUCACGCAAGGCGGGCUUGCUGAGGCGGCAAGCUGGGUGCAUUUAAGGCAGGCACUAUAUGUCUUCUUGGUCCGCCGAACGCCGAUCGAGAUCUGCCUGGAGAACUUUGAGAGGUCUUCCACGUUUAGAAUGAACGAUGACACGGCGCACGCGAAUCGGAUAGUAUACCUGUUCGCGAAGGUGUUGAAGCUCUUCUUCCCCGAUGAUGGCACGGGGUUUCUAGCAAGCAGCAACGCCGCCUGGGAGGAGCUUCAGGGUGAAGUCGAGGCUUGGUAUCGGGACAAGCCGGUGUCAUUUCGCCCGUUGUUCUAUGACCGGCCGGAUCUGGCGAGGGGGAAGCCGUUUCCGGUGUUGUGGAUGAGUGCAUGUCCAGCAACCGUUGGGUUGGGAUACUACUAUGCCUCAAAAGCCAUUUUCAGGUUUCAAGACUACAACAGCUCAAACUCAAUGGUCGGUUUCGAGGGCACGAAGAAGCGGUUGGACAGCGAGGUAAGCCACAUGUGCUGCACGUCUGGCAAGAUCUUCAAGCUGACUUUCGAAAAUCUCCAGCGCGAGAUAACAUUUUACUUGUGUAUACUAAUGGGGUUGGCACUUUCAAACGAGGCUGUGAAUGCGUAUUAUCUCCCAGCGCACAUGUUGUCUCUCUGUAAGCGGACACCUCAUACGACAUCCGCUAGAGAGGGAACACACGAUAAAGUAAGGAAUAUCGUGCAAUGGAAAACGGGGGCGUUGGUCAAGACGUUGAAAGAGCAAUGGGCCGAGCUUGACAGCUUCUAG